AUGGCUUCAAAACGCCCCAACUUUCUUUUUAUUCUCGCCGAUGAUCUGGGUUUCUCCGACAUAGGCUGCUAUGGAAGCGAGAUCAAAACGCCCAAUAUCGAUAGCUUGGCUACCGAGGGCAUUCGUAUGCUCAAUCAUCAUACCGCAGCAGCCUGUUCCCCCACCCGCGCAAUGCUCCUCAGCGGCACAGAUGCCCAUCUCGGCGGCCUGGGUGUCCUGAUAGAGUAUAAACAAAGCGAGCAGGGAGCAAAGCGAUGGGCUGGCAAAGCGGGAUAUGAAGGUCAUUUGAACAAUGAUGUGGCAACUAUCCCUGAGAUUCUAGGAGACAAUGGAUACUUUACGGCAAUGUCGGGAAAGUGGCAUUUGGGCUUACGCGCGAGCCAAGGACCAUGGGAGCGUGGGUUUCAGAAGGCAUUGGCUAUGCUCCCCGGUUGCUGCAAUCACUAUGGUUGGGAGCCAGUGCAGGAGCGAUUCCCAGUUGGUGGCUCUCCGAUUCAUGCUGAGAACGGCGUAAGAGUGGAUAUGAUUAAUGAGCAUGUGCUGAAGGUGGUUCCUAUGUCUAGUUCGGCCAACACGACAGAAGACUCGAAUGGGUUCUAUUCUACGGAUUAUUAUACCGACCAGUUGAUUGAAUACCUCGAUGAUCGCUCCGAAGAGGAUCACGAGAAGCCAUUCUUUGGCUUCCUGCCGUAUACAGCUCCCCAUUGGCCGCUGCAAUGCUCGAAAGCACAACGUGAUAAAUAUAAAGGAGUCUAUGAUGAAGGGCCAUACGCGCUACGAGAGAAACGAUUGAAAAGUUUGGUUGAAAUCGGCAUGAUCGACGAGUCUGUCGUACCGCACGAGGUCGAGACAAGCACACUAAGAUAUGAAGAAUGGGAUGAAAUGACACCCGAAGAGAAAAAGCUCUCUAGCCGCGCAAUGGAAACCUACGCAGGCAUGGUGGAUUCAAUUGACGUGAACGUCGGCAAAGUCAUCGAGUACUUGAAGAAAACAGGGGAAUAUGAUAAUACCUUUAUCGUUUUCAUGAGUGACAAUGGAGCAGAGGGUGCUGCAUACGAGGCUAUUCCGGUAAUGGGAGAGAACAUUAUGCGAGCAAUUCACCAGUACUUUGACAACAGCUAUGAUAAUAUCGGCUCCUGGAACUCAUUCACAUGGCUUGGACCACUCUGGGCGCAGGCAUCCACCGCUCCUUCGAGGCUGUUCAAGGGCUUCCCUACUCAAGGAGGCAUUCUGGUUCCCUGCGUUUUCAAACCACCCGCAAACACUUUCCUCCCUUCCUUUGAGCCAGGAUCGCUUAAUCGCUCUUUCACGACUGUCAUGGACUUCCUUCCUACUUUUCUAGACAUGGCCGGAGUGAGUCUUCCUCCAGCUUUUGAAAAGGGAUUUGAUACCUUCACUGGUGGAAAAGAGCAAGCUACUCGCCAAAUGAUCAAGUUCCGAGGGAAAGAUGUACACGCAAUCCGCGGGAAGUCAUGGUUGCCGCUCUUCUCCCAAGGAAAGAAGGUGGAAAAUAAUGAGAUCUGGCACAUCCAUUCGUCUGAUGAGCCUAUCGGCUGGGAGCUAUUUGCUCGAGGUGCCCUACGAAAAGGUGAUUGGAAAAUUGUCCACUUCUCCAAAGCCCAAGGAGGAGCUGGCGAAGCAGACGACGGUUGGGAGCUUUUCAAUGUGGUGGAGGAUCCAGGUGAGACAAAUGACCUAGCUCUUGCUAGACCAGAAAGGUUGGCUGAGCUCCUGCAAUGCUGGGAAGCCUAUGUAGUUGAAUGUGGUAUUGUUUGGGGGGAAGGCGCGAUGGCCCCGGGGUUAGGCAUGGAUGAAGCCCCCGAACUGUGGGAGGAUGAAGUAGAGUUGCAGAAGUCGUGGAUGGGUGCGGGUGCGAGAGAAUGUCCGGUUGAUUGUUCAUAA